UGGUGGAUGGACUUGAGUUGUAAUUGUUCCAUCGACUAUCUUUUAUAAAACGUUUUUUUUACCCGUUUGAAGACCCUAUCGAUAAAAAUUCCCUAUCUUUUUUUUUGUACUUUUAUCAUGUCUUCUUCAACUAAAGAUAGCAAUUUUCUAGAACGUCCAAAAUUAACAGAGAAAGACCUUGYAGAAGAAAACAUGGCUGGAAGUUCUGAAGAUAUAAAAACUCAUGAAGGCGAAGCUAUAAAGAAUGACCAUGAAUCGAAUGAGACGAYCAAGAAAAGAACAAGCGAAGAACUCAUAUCUGCUGACGAUAAACUWGCGUUGGAAAAUACAGAACAGCCGCUAUCUAAAAAACAGCGAAAAAAGUUACUCAAGCAGCAAAAAUACGAAGAAAUAAAAAAGAUGAGAACUAUAAAGAGAAAGGAAAAAAAGAAACUAAAAAGAGAACAGAGAGAACAAGAAGGCAACCAAGAAGUCAAGCCGUCAAGUGAUCUUCCCAUUAUUAAGUACAGAACCAUGGAUUCUCCAGAUGCAUUUCCRCUGAAAAUUGCCAUCGAUUUAAGCUUUGACAAUCUCAUGUCCGAUAAAGAUAUCUGUAARCUUACGAAACAGCUUCAACGCUGCUACUCACUCAAUCGCCGUUCACARCACCCUCUGCAACUAUACUUCACAAGCUUUGGAGAUAAAUGCAAGAAACGYUUUGAUAAUGACUUGAAGGGUCAUUAUGUUAGCUGGGAUGUUCACAUCAAACCAGACUACAUUACUGAUGUUUUCCCUAAAGAAGAUAUAGUCUAUUUAAGCUCAGAUUCAGCAAAUGUGUUGACUGAUUUUGAUAUGUCAAAGAUAUAUGUCAUAGGAGGUCUUGUUGACCACAACCACCAUAAAGGAUUAUGUUAUAACAUAGCCGAAGAGAAUGGCAUUGAUCAUGCACAGUUACCUAUUAAUGAGUAUUUCAAGUUAACGAGCCGCACUGUCAUGACUGUCAAUCAAGUAUAUGAGAUUAUAAUGUAUUAUAUGGAGAGUAAGGACUGGCGCGAUGCAUUUACAAAGGUUAUGCCACAAAGAAAGAUAACUCCUAAAGUGAGAAGUAAAGGAAAAUGCAAAACUGAAAAUGAAAGAAAAGAUGGAAGUGAAAUCAGAACAGAAAUUAAUGAAGGUAGYGAGUGAUCAUCAUUUGGCAGUUGGCAAAAUGAAGAGUGGUAUAUCAAGAACACAGUUUGAGGUGUUGUCCACCAAAUAGAGUUUGGGAGGGAAAGCAUCGGCAUGCGACACAGGCACAUCUUGAAAUAGGGCUAAGACAAGCACUUCUUUUCAGAUCACAAACAAAGAGCUGCAAAGCAUCAAGGGCAAUACUGGGCCUUUAACACUCAUUCAUCAAAAGCAGACAAUUUUGAAUUAGUGUUGGAAAGAUUUUGCAUUGAAACACAGGCAGCCCAAGCUGAUGAGAGGGCUGUAUAUACCACAAAUAGCAAUAAUAUAAUAUAAAAAAAACAGAAAAUUUAAAAUAAAGUUUUCCUACCUUGACUUGAAAGCCCUCUAAAACAGCUCCAAUUCAGCCCAAAUUACACAAGGAACGGAAAUAAGUUCAUGUCAAGGUAGGAAAACUUUAUUUCAAAUUUUCUGUUUUUUUUAAUAUUAUUGCUAUUUGUGGUACAUAUACAGCCCUCUCAUCAGCUUGGACUUCCUGUGAUUGAAACAGCAUUAUCAUGUACAUGUACUCAAUACAUUUUAGUGUCUGCAGAGAAAACCUCAGUAACAAAGGGUGCCAUUUUUCUGUUUCACAGUCAAAUGCAAUCUCAUACCAAGAGCCCGUGUGACUUUUGAUCUGUAAAAAGAACUUGGAAGAACACUUUUUUUGUCAAGCAUGUGCAGUAAGAUGGACAAGGGUACUGUUUACGAGAUUGAAUCAAAUGGUUCUUUUACAGCAAAAAACUAAAUUACUGCCAUUUCUUUCAUAUUUUAUUGUGCGAACCACAUUYUUACAAUAUCUCUUCACAGUAAAGCAAUAUAUCAAAAAACCUUACUUAUAAAUAAUCACCUCACAAUUGACAGCAAAUCAAAAAUAUUCCAUACCUAUUCGAUGCAAACUUAAUUUUGCAUUUCCCUGAUAUACUAAUAAAAAUCAUGAUCAUAUCAGUAGAAGAAAAUAUGCUUGAUAAAUUUAUAWUGUAACUAAUUAAUAUUUAAAUGCACAAAUAAUUAUCUAUUUUGACUAUUAAUUCCUAUAAAAUGUAAUAMCUAAUUACUAAGUCCAUAUUAAAUAAUUGUUUCUUGAUCACAAUAUAUUCCAUGUAUUAAUUUGUAAAAUACUUACUUUCAAUUGUCAACUAUUAAAUCCAGCAUUCCAAGUACAUUUUUCUAUCUAUAUUGUAUUUUUCAGUAGUAGAAGGUCAGAGAAGAGUUCUGAAAUAUUUAUUUUUCUGUUUUUUGGAACUCUGGCUUGUUGCAAGCUAUAWUCUCAUUGCUUGUGUUAUUUUUGCUUAGUGUAAAUAUUAAGAAUGAAAAUAUUGUUGUUUCCUACUGAAUGUAUGCAUCCAAAUUUACUAUUGUCAUAAAAUACAGUUGAAAAUA